AUGUUUUGCUUUUUACUUUUUUCAGGCAUUUCUGCAGAUAAAACCCUUUCACUCCCGCAUCAAAAUGCUGUAACAACAUAUUGCAGUCAAGUGGAUGGUGAAAUUAUUGAGUUUUUCACUCCAAUUGGCGCAUCUCGAUUUUUAAUGACAAUUGUCGGCAUUUCAGAAUAUGUAACAAGCUAUCUUUACAGAAAUGUACUCGAUGAUGGUGAUCCUUUUGAUCCAUCCCAACAAAAUACAUUUAUGUUUUCAAAUCCCGUGGCAAAACUCCAGUUUAAUUUUGUUUCAAAAGGUUGUGUUAGCGUUGCAUCAACAGAAUUUUCGCAAAGCGAAUGCUAUUCGGGCAUAGAAGUCGUUACAAAACUUGAAUCUGACGCUUUUUACCAAGUCCAACCAGGAAUGGACCGAUGUAUAUUCUUUGCUACAGCGUCAGAUGGCAUGUACUUCAUUGCUAAUGAAUCAAAUUUAGGUUCAGACACUUUAACAGCGUUUAAAACGUCAAUAAUAGGAAAUUACUACAUAAAAAUGAGAAACUCAGAUACUCACACUUCUACAUUAUCAACGGGACCAUGGUUAUUUAGAUUACAAACGUCAAAUUCGAGUUCAAAUUACAAUGAAUCAGAACCAAAGGGAAUUCACUUAUAUUUCAUGUCAAGAAAUGGUGCAAAUUAUGCUAUACAGAGCUCAUCCACCCCAGAAUACAUCGAAGCCACUCACGAAAACACAACAAUUUCAAAAGGUUACACUUUGCCUGUUUUUGGAGCCGCUACACCUGUCAUAAUGUUGUGUUCUUUCAUAUACACAAUUAUACAUUUGUUAAGAAAGCCAAAACCAAAGAAUGAUGAAGAAAAAAUCGAAGAAGUAAUUUCUGAUAAAAGUGAGACUAAAUCGAGCCCAAAGACCGAUGAUAAACUAGAAAAACUUUCUACUUCUGAGUCAUCAGCAGAAGACCAAUGA